GAGAGGAGGGGAGUGUGCCGGAAGGGACUGGACCUGGAACUUGGCCCACCCCUCUGCGUGAGCGAGGCGCCGCGGCACGCUCCUAUGGCGUCACUGCACUGUGACUCCGCCCCAUCUGUCUGUGGCGCGGAAGGUCUCGCUGUGGGACGUCGCGGCCUGUGACGUCAGGUGGGCGACUCAUCUUCAAGCUGAGCGUGGAAUCCCAAAAAGGCAGGGUCGGGGACUGGAUUCAAAACUCCUUCUUCCGAUUCUACCUGCAGUGCUGAGCCCGGCCCUGGUGCUGGACACGCGUGGUACUGGAUCCCUUGUCACCACGUUCUCGCUCCCCGCGCUACCUGCUGGACCCCGCGAUGCCAGGCGUCUCCGCCCGGGGCCUCUCUCACGAGGAGAGGAAGCAGCUAGCUGUUAACCUCACCCGUGUCCUGGCGCUCUACCGUUCCAUCCUGGACGCCUACAUCAUCGAAUUUUUCACAGACAACCUGUGGGACACACUCCCUUGCUCAUGGCAGGAAGCCUUGGAUGGACUGAACCCACCACAGUUGGCCACACUGCUGCUGGGGAUACCUGGGGAAGGGGAGGUGGUCAGAUACAGGUCGGUGUGGCCACUCUCCUUGCUGGCCCUGAAGUCCACAGCCUAUGCCCUGGCCUUUACCCGGACGCCUGGCUUUCAGACCCCCUCAGAGUUCUUGGAGAACCCCAGCCAGAGUUCCCGACUAACAGCUCCGUUCCGGAAACACGUCAGGCCCAAGAAGCAGCAUGAGAUCCGCAGACUGGGAGAGUUGGUGAAGAAGCUGAGUGACCUCACAGGCUGCACCCAGGUUGUUGAUGUGGGCUCAGGCCAGGGCCAUCUCUCCCGUUUCAUGUCUCUGGGGCUGGGGUUAAUGGUGAAGAGCAUUGAAGGGGAUCAGAGACUGGUGGAGAGAGCACAGCGCCUGGACCAGGAGCUCUUGCAGGCUCUGGAGAAAGAGGAGAAGAGGAACCCACAGGUGGUCCAGACCAGCCCUCGUCAUUCCCCACACCACGUGGUUAGGUGGGUAGACCCCAGAGCCCUGUGUGAGGAGCUUCUGCUUCCACUGGAGCACCCACGGCAGGGUGGGGCACGCUUGCUGCUAACAGGCCUCCAUGCCUGUGGAGAUCUGAGUGUUGCUUUGCUGAGACACUUCUGCUGCCCGGAGGUGGUGGCCUUGGCCUCAGUGGGCUGCUGCUACAUGAAACUGAGUGACCCUGGUGGCUACCCGCUGAGUCAGUGGGUGGCUGGGCUGCCUGGCUGUGAACUGCCCUACAGACUUCGGGAAGGAGCCUGCCAUGCCCUGGAGGAAUAUGCUGAGCGGCUACAAAAAGCUGGGCCUGGCCUCCGGACUCACUGCUACCGUGCGGCGCUGGAGACAGUCAUCCGAUGUGCUCGGCCUGAACUCCGUCGGCCAGGCGUGCAGGGGAUCCCCAGGGUCCAUGAGCUCAAGAUUGAAGAGUAUGUGCAGCGGGGCCUACAGCGAGUAGGGCUGGACCCCCAGCUGCCGCUGAAUCUGGCUGCUCUUCAGGCCCACCAAGCCCAGGAGAACCGUGUAGUGGCCUUCUUCAGCCUGGCCCUGCUGCUGUCCCCACUGGUGGAGACGCUGAUUCUACUGGACCGACUACUCUACCUUCAGGAGCAGGGCUUCCAUGCUGAGCUCCUGCCCAUCUUCAGUCCUGAACUCUCUCCCAGAAACCUGGUUCUUGUGGCCACCAAGAUGCCCCUGGGUCAGGCUUUCUCUGUUUUAGAGACUGAAGACAGUUGAUGCAACCUGAUCAAGGGCACAUCUCAGACCCCAUCUAAAACCAUCCAGAUACUCAGUAUGGGAGUUUACGCCUCACCCAGAGAACCAGCAUCCUGUAUCCUCCUGAAGCCUUGUUCCCCACAAACCGUGUUUCAUAUACUUUCUCUCCUGUUAAUGUAAUAUUGUGUAAAGCUUUAUUUUUAAUUUAUUAAAACAUAGAGAUCUUUA